AUGCAGAAGCAUAGUAAUUGUUCGAUCAUUGGCCUGUUUGGGCUUAGUCCAGCAGGCCAAACUGUACUCAUCUGCAUCUACUUGUUCCUCAUGUUCCGGUUGCUACCUUACGCCGUUGCACAGAAGAGUAGUCAACCGCCAGCCGUCGCUCCCCAUCUCACAAACAAAACUUAUAGUAUUUCGGGGAAAAUCGGACUCUUCUUCAUGAUUAGUUCCUUUUUUAUCUUGUUCUUCAUCUCCCUCUGCGUCUACAAGUGCUCCCGGACCGGAAUCGAUGAAACCAUUCGUCGUAAUGGCGUGGAAGGCCGCAUAUCACGUGGGGGAAAUCGAAGGCUCGACCCGGUAGUAAUCGAGACUUUCCCAAUCUUCGCCUACUCACAUGUUAAGGACCACAAAUUUGAAAAUGGAGCUCUAGAGUGCGCCGUAUGCUUAAACGAGUUUGUAGACGAAGAUACGAUUCGAUUGCUGCCCAAGUGUGAUCAUGUCUUCCAUCCUGAUUGCAUUGAUACUUGGUUAUCUAAGCGCACAACCUGCCCAGUCUGCCGAGCUAACCUCGUUCCUGUAUCGGGCGAAACACCUGAAACUAUGGUACCGGUACAGGACAUAGAAGGAGAUGACUCGGAUGGGGAAAUCCCAACAUCGGAACCAGUGGAGGAAGAGAACGAGCAAGUUUCCAUUAAUGUACUAAGCGAAGAACCACAGGUGGUGACAGUGGCAAUGUCACCGGUGAUAAUUAAUCAGACCCCAAUGCAGAACCGGUCAGUGAGAUCGACAAAGUCGAGAUACGCGGGAAGAUUUCUACGGUCGCAUUCGACGGGGCACUCCCUGGUUCAACCGGGAGAAGACGUCGAGCGGUUCACGCUCCGACUUCCGGACGAAGUGAGGAAGCAAAUCAUGAACAUGAGUCAGGUGAACCAGACUAGGAGCAUGGUGGCGUUCCCAGUGUUAAUGAGUCCUAGGAGGGGUUAA